AUGUCGGACGAGGAGAUUCUGCUGGGUGAAAUCCCGCCGAUCUCUUCUACUCCUUGCGCCGCCGACAUCAUCGAGUGUCAGGUUCGCAUCGACCCUAGCACGGCGAACCUUUUCUCAAUCUACCGAUAUGCAAACGCGCCACUGAUCUGCGCAUUGCUGGUAUCAGCAAGCUGCGCAGUGGUCGCCGGGGCUGCAAUGCCCUUGGUCACGAUCGUGUUCGGGGCUUUGGCAAGUGAAUUCAUCAAUGGGGAUGAGAAUGCACCAGAGGAUGUUCGCGACAGGGUCCAGCAUCUCACCCUACUGCUGGUUUACAUCGCGAUCGGGUCAUUUGUCUCUACUAUGAUCAGCACCUGGGGCCUCAACGUAGUCGGAGAACAAAUUACACGUCGCCUCCAACAAAAGUACUUCUCUUCAGUGCUGCAGCAGAACAUGGCGUACUUCGAUGUCGUCGGCACAGGAGAGCUCACCUCCCGCAUCGACCAGGACAUGAAGUUGAUCCAAACGGGUAUCUCGCAGAAGAUGGGCAACAUUAUCUCCGGAGUAUCCGGCUUUGUUGUUGCCAUUAUCUGCGCCUUUAUCCAGAACCGACGCUUCGCAUCGAUAAUGAUAUCGCAGCCGAUUGCCAUGAUCCUCUUGGUGGGACUAAUGGGGUCUUGGCUAAGCGCCACACAGCAAAGGGGCUUGUCGCAUUCCGUUAAACUUGACAAUCUAGCCCAAGAAGUUCUCAGUGCUAUGCGGAGCGUUAUCGCGUACCGAAGCCAAGAACGAUAUGCGAGAAAGUACCACGAUACGUUGCUGCAGCCGGCUGCCCUGGAUUUUCGGGAGCGGUUAAUCUUUGGCGUGAUCGUUGCAGGCUCCUUUACGAUCUUGCAUUGGGCUAAUGGAUUGGGUUUUUGGCAGGCGGAUCGCCUCUUCCGCCAGGGACUUUGUACAGUUUCAGAGGCCUUGUCCAUCCUUUACGCAACAGUCGUCGCAGGCGGCAUGCUGUGUCAAGCGUUGCCGUAUGUCGUCGACGUUACUCGGGCCAGCAAAGCAGCCAGCCGAGUCAUUUCGGUAAUUGAGCGUGUUUCGCCGAUCAAUCCCAUGGCGGUUGCAGGACGCAUAUACGGUCCUGUUCGGGGAGAGAUCUGGUUCGACAAUGUAGCGUUUGCUUAUCCUUCGCAACCGGAACGAACUGUUCUCAGAGAGAUUAGCUUCACUGUGCCUGCCGGACACACUGUCGCCUUGGUAGGGCCUUCGGGAUCUGGUAAGUCGACGGUCUUUGCUCUUUUGGCACGUUUAUACAAUCCCACCGGCGGGGAGAUUAUGCUAGAUAAUGAGCCGGUUGAUGCCCUAAAUGUCUCGUGGCUCAGGUCUCAGAUUGGGUAUGUCAGCCAGGAUGUCACCUUGUUCCGUGCAUCGAUUCUUGACAAUAUUGCUCAUGGGCUGCCCAAGACUACUAUAGAGGUAUAUCUGCCAGGAUCCAUUGAUUUUUACCAAGUCAGUUCGCUCAUACAGGAACAGGCACUGAACCAAUCUGCAGUUCGAGAACUAGUAGUUCAGGCUGCCAAGACCGCGCAUAUCCACUCUUUUAUCACCAGUCUCCCCAACGGCUACGAUACCAUCAUAGGGGUUAAUGGGUCAGGUCUCUCCGGUGGACAGAGGCAACGGCUCGCAAUUGCCCGCGCCAUUGUAUCUCAGCCAUCCAUCCUCCUACUGGAUGAGGCUACUGCUGCCUUGGAUAGUCAAAGCGAAAAGGAUAUCCAGGAGGCUUUGAACAGCGCUGCCUAUGGGCGAACGACCAUGAUAAUAGCUCACCGGCUAUCGACAAUCCAAGAUGCCGAUAUGAUAAUUGUCAUGAAAGACGGCCAGAUCUUGAAUCAAGGUAAGCAUUGGGAGUUAAUGAGCACAUCUGAGAUGUACCGAGAAUUGGUGGAGCACCAGGCACUUCGGCAGAGCGACGAAGUUCGAGAAUUGCUAUCCUCUACAGAUUGUCUAAAAACUAGGUCCAGUGAAAUAUCUGUCAAAGAUGACACUCCGAAGAAGACCGAGGAUGGUCCAUGGUCAAUCUCAUCACCGAAAAGUAGCAUCGGCCAGGUUUGGCACUUGAAUAAGCCCGAGCUGCCUUACGUUGUUGCGGGUAUUAUUUUCAGUGCAUUGGCUGGAAUGACAUAUCCCAUUCAAGCUAUCUUCUUCGGCAACGGGAUCAUAUCAAUCAUUAGCCCUGGUGCAAGUACCGGAGGGCACGAUGUAUAUUUCUGGGCUCGAUUAUAUCUUAUUCAUGGUAUCGUUGUGUUUCUAUUGUACUGUGUACGAGGCUAUUGCUUCGCGGUGUCUGCAUCUCAGUUGCACCUCCGAGCGCGGUCGCAUUUAUUCAAGGCGCUGCUGCUGAAGAACCUUGUCUUUUUCGAGGAUAAAGGUCAUUCAACUGGAAACAUGGUAAGCUUCCUCUCGUCGGGCACUCCGAAGAUCACCGGUGUGUCAGGAACGUCACUCGGACUGGUAGCGGAAAGCAUCGUAAUGCUUGCGACGGGGAUCAUAGUUGGAUGUAUCUUUGGAUGGAAGCUCGGCGUCGCAGCAAUGGCCACAGUCCCAUUGAUAGCCAUGUCCAGCUUCCUGCAAUACUAUAUCGAGGCACAAGUGCAGAAGCACGUGAAGCGCGACACUGACUCCGUGGCCAUUGCGCAUGAAGCCUUCUCCGCUAUCAAAACAGUGACCAUACUCGGCUUGCAGACCAGCGUUCUCGAAUCGUUCCAAAAAGCAAGUCGCCGAGACAGGCAACAUGGGUACUGGGUCAUAUCUGCUGGCCUGCAUGGGUGCACCACAUCACUUCGGAUACUGAGUAUUGCUUUCGUAUUCUGGUAUGGCGGCACUCGUCUCAUCGCACCGGGCGAAUAUACCAUCCAACAAUUUUUCAUAUGUUUCGCGGCCACCGUUUGGGGGUCCCAGUCUGCCGCUACUCUCUUUGCUCACGCGCCAGACAUUGCAGGUGCUCAUGCUGCUGCUGCUCGACUGACGGAACUGAUGCGACCCGAUGGUCCCCCAGCAAUACUCCCACCCAAGGACCCAAAGCAGGGCUACAGUUCUGCCCUUGUGCCGAAUACCACGGAGAAUUUGGCGCUACAGCACAUUAACUUCAGAUACCCUACCCGACAGUCUCAACUAACACUGGACGACGUCACAUUCAGUGCCCCAGCUGGGAGCUUUAUCGCUCUUGUCGGAGCCACUGGGAGUGGCAAAAGCUCUGUGAUUAGUCUGAUAGAGCGGUUCUACGCGGCUGAGUCAGGUCAGAUAACAUUAAAUCAAGCUCCCAUUGAACGCUAUGAUCUCAACAACUACAGAGGAUACCUGGCGCUGGUCGACCAGAAUCCAUGUCUGGUUGGUGAGGAUCUGCGCGAGUGUUUGCAGAGUGACGAGCGAGUCGUUUCAGACGAGAAAAUCAUGGCUGCUCUAAAGAGUGUGGGACUAGCUGAUUUCGUGCUAUCUCUCCCUGAAGGAUUGAGCAGCCCAGUUAUGGCCAACGGAUCGACUCUGUCCGGAGGCCAACGCCAGCGCAUAGCCAUCGCCAAGGCCCUUCUAUGGGACCCGAAGAUUCUCUUACUUGACGAGGCAACCUCGGCGCUAGAUAGUGCCUCAGAGGCACUAGUGCAGGAAGCACUGCAGCGGGCAAUGAAAGGCCGGACGGUCAUCUCAAUUGCCCAUCGACUCAAGACGAUUGUUGACGCUGAUGAGAUUUUGGUCUUGGAUCACGGAUGCAUUAUUGAGAGAGGCCGUCAUGAGGAAUUGAUGAAACUGGGAGGACAAUAUUGGCAGAUGGCUAAGUUGCAGCAGUUGAAUGGGGAUGUCGGCGGCAUAUCCUGCAUCCCGGAUUCUCCUUCUCGAUUGAGCUUGCAGACGACGACCUACUAUCGUGGACUCGUUGUCCUCACUUUUAUUGGCGGAAGAAACACGAUCAUGGCCAAGAUCCCAGCUGUCUUACGCUCAUAUGCUCCGAGCACCGGGAGCUCCUCCUCGAAGAUAUCAGUGUCAAUUCACAUCGCCGGCGCCGAGGACGGUCGCCCAGUGGUUUUCACUGCACUAGAUAAGAUCGAAGGAGUGGUGACGAUCACAGUGGCGGAGAAAACCGCCUUCGAGGACAUCAAGAUCACAUUGGAAGGGAUAUCGAGGGUAGUGACCUGGGGAGGUAUCAAUGGACCGCCUCUUAUCGGUACUCGUCACACGUUUAUGAAGCUCCAUAGUCCGAUUGAGCAGGGUUCAUAUCAACCAGCAUCGAUUCUGGAGCCGGGUUGGUGCUACAAGUUCCCGUUUACAUUCAUUGUGCCGGAGAACCUGCCGCUCACGGCAUGCGAUCAUAAAGCGGAUGAUGGAGGUCUCCAAAAUACUCACACCAGGCUACCACCUUCAAUGUGCAAGGAGACCGACACAGAGUGCUUUUCUAUAAAAUACAUCGUCCGUGUGGUUAUACCGAAACCAUUCUGCGGAAAGGAAUCCCCGAAAAAGAGCUUGGCCAACGUUGUUCAACCCGUCAAGAUACUUCCCUCCGGUACAUUCGGCAGCUCCAGCGAUAUCGCCAUCAACGCGCUCAAAUCUCGACGAGUAGUCAGAAUUAGACGUGGCUGGAGAGGGAAAUGUUCUGGCCACUUGACUAUCCUAACUUCACCGACUGAGCCCAUACGACUUCCCUUCCGUCGAAUUGAUGCCGUCGACCAGGUCAACACCUCGAUAAAACUAGACCUUAGAUUCACUGCAGUUGGGACACAACCUCCCCCUCGCCUGCGAAAGGCGUAUCCCAAGCUGAACUCGGUAACAUCCUUCCACGCAGGGCUGCAGGAGCGGUAUCCGUCUUUCACUGAGGACAAAAGCACCGAUUUAGCCCGAGGAAACCACGUUCAAUCUCUGACGCUUCCAACAAUCGAUAUUGCGUCAACGCAAUGGGCCAAGAUACAAUCACCAAGUACUAGUAUUUCAUCUUCCCAGCCGAGUUAUCAGUCUAUCUCCACCAAUGAGGAAGCGUCGUAUGCCGCAUCGAUCGUUGUUCCAAUUUCCAUUCCAAAGAAUGAAGACCUUGUCCCAAGUUUUCACUCCUGUUUCAUCUCUCGCAUCUAUAUCUUGGAGCUUCUUAUAUCUUAUUGCACAGAAAAGGCUGCUGGAGGGCGCGCUGCAAAAAUUGAAGUUCCUGUUGAGAUCAGU